GAAGGGCACAGCAGCGCGGUCGAGAGCAGACUGAGCUGAGCCGAGUGAGCCAGGCGAGAGGACCAACGCCGGGCAGCCCGAGCCGCGCGCAACCCUCGCCCGCCCGCCGACGCCGCCCACACCCUCCGCGGUCCCGCGGCGCCUGCCACCUUCCACGCGUUCCUGCCCGGCGGGCCGGCCGGCGCGCCCCGUUCGCCGUCCUGCGGUCACCGGCCCGCGUCGCUGCUCCCUUGGGCCGCGUACCUCCUUCACGCCCUCCUCCUCCUGCCCGGGUCGGGCGCCUGGCACCGGGGACCGUUGCCUGACGCGAGGCCCAGCUCCACUUUUCGCCCCGCGUCUCCUCCUCUUCCACCAACUCCAACUCCUUCGAUCUCACUCCCACUCACGAGCCCCUGCUCCGCGCCCCUCGGGCCGGUCAGCUCUGCUCCCGCAGCGCCGCUUCCCAUCCGUCUCAUCCCAGCCCAAAGGUGGGAGCGCGUCCGCCGGGGCCCGCACGAUGGCACGAUUCGGCUUGCCCGCCCUUCUUUGCACCCUGGCUGUGCUUAGCGUGGCGCUGCUGGCUGCCGAGCUCAAGUCGAAAAGUUGCUCGGAAGUGCGACGUCUCUACGUGGCCAAAGGAUUCAACAAGAACGAUGCCCCACUGCACGAGAUCAACGGUGAUCAUUUGAAGAUCUGUCCCCGGGGUUAUACCUGCUGCUCUGAAGAGAUGGAGGAGAAGUACAGCCUGCAAAGUAAAGAUGAUUUCAAAAGUGUGGUCACUGAACAGUGCAAUCACUUGCAAGCCGUCUUUGCUUCCCGUUACAAGAAGUUUGAUGAGUUCUUCAAAGAACUACUAGAGAACGCAGAGAAAUCCCUGAAUGAUAUGUUUGUGAAGACAUAUGGCCGCUUAUACAUGCAAAAUUCAGAGCUGUUUAAAGAUCUCUUCGUAGAGUUGAAGCGCUACUACGUGAUGGGAAACGUGAACCUGGAAGAAAUGCUUAAUGACUUCUGGGCUCGCCUUCUAGAGCGGAUGUUCCGCCUGGUGAACUCCCAGUACCACUUCACAGAUGAGUACCUGGAAUGUGUGAGCAAGUACACGGAGCAGCUGAAGCCUUUUGGAGACGUCCCUCGGAAGCUGAAGCUGCAGGUUACUCGCGCUUUCGUAGCUGCUCGUACUUUUGCUCAGGGCUUGGCGGUUGCAAGAGAUGUAGUGAGCAAAGUCUCUGUGGUGAACCCCACGGCCCAGUGUACCCAUGCCUUGUUGAAGAUGAUCUACUGUUCCCACUGCCGGGGUCUUGUGACAGUGAAGCCAUGUUACAACUACUGCUCCAACAUCAUGAGAGGCUGUUUGGCCAACCAGGGGGAUCUCGACUUUGAAUGGAACAAUUUCAUAGAUGCCAUGCUGAUGGUGGCGGAGAGGCUAGAAGGUCCAUUUAACAUCGAGUCUGUCAUGGAUCCCAUCGAUGUGAAGAUUUCUGAUGCGAUUAUGAAUAUGCAAGAAAAUAGUGUGCAAGUAUCCCAGAAGGUUUUCCAGGGAUGUGGCCCCCCUAAGCCCCUCCCCGCUGGACGCAUUUCGCGUUCCAUCUCUGAGAGUGCCUUCAGUGCUCGCUUCCGACCAUACCAUCCUGAGGAGCGCCCAACCACAGCAGCUGGCACGAGUUUGGACCGACUGGUUACUGAUGUCAAGGAGAAACUGAAACAGGCCAAGAAGUUCUGGUCCUCACUCCCCAGCAACGUUUGCAAUGAUGAGAGGAUGGCCGCAGGAAAUGGCAAUGAGGAUGACUGCUGGAACGGGAAGGGCAAGAGCAGGUACCUGUUUGCAGUGACAGGAAAUGGAUUAGCCAACCAGGGCAAUAACCCUGAGGUCCAGGUUGACACUGACAAACCGGAUAUUCUGAUCCUUCGUCAAAUCAUGGCUCUGCGAGUUAUGACCAGUAAAAUGAAGAAUGCUUAUAAUGGGAAUGAUGUGGACUUCUUUGAUAUCAGCGAUGAAAGCAGCGGAGAAGGAAGUGGAAGUGGGUGUGAGUAUCAGCAGUGCCCCUCGGAGUUUGAGUACAAUGCCACUGACCACUCUGGGAAGAGUGCCAAUGAGAAAGCCGACAGUGCUGGUGCCCGUGCCGCAGCACAGCCCUACCUCCUCACUGUCUUCUGCAUCUUGUUCCUGUUUAUGCAGAUGGACUGGAGAUAAUUCUCAAACUUUUGAGAAAAAAUGUUCAUCAUCAGAAAGCUAAAAGGCACCGGUUAUCACUUUUAUACCAUCCUAGUGACUUUGCUUUUUAAAUGAAUGGACAACAAUGUACAGUUUUUACUAUGUGGCCACUGGUUUAAAAAUGCUGACUUUGUUUCUUCAUUCAGUUUUGGGGGCAAAGGGGACCUGUACAUUAAGUUGGUUCCUGCUCUUCCAGAAUCAUGUUAAACGUGGCUAACAGUGUAGGUACAGAACUGUAGUUAGUUGUGCAUUUGUGACUUUAUCACUCUAUUGUUUGUUUUUUUCUCAUUUUGUUUGUGGGGUUCUUUUUUUUCCAAUUAUGAUCUCACCUUGUUUCUUACAAGAAAACCAGGGUCCUUUCUUGGCAUGUAACAUGUACGUAUUUCUGAAAUAUUAAAUAGCUGUACAGAAGCAGGUUUUAUUUAUCAUGUUAUCUUAUUAAAAGAAAAAAGUCCAACAAGCAGAAAAUUGCCAUUUAUCCCCGUUAUUUUAGCUGCCUUAUCGGGAGAGAAGUAGAGGUGAUUUGGAAUUUUUAUUAUUGUUGUUAGGACAGAAUGUGAAGGCACAAGCGGGUUUCUGAGCCACUUGUCAGAUUGUAGUCAAGCAUCAACACAAGAAGAAGGUUAUACUUUAUUUUGAGCUGGUGAUUGGAAGAGACUGCAGACUGCCUGUUUUGGUUGAGUUGAAUUGCAUAAGCUAAGGUCACAUAUAGGUCCAUUUCUUGAACCCACUUACAGUUCAAGUGUAGCCCAUGGAAAGAUUCUUGAUACAGUAGUCUCCUUUGAAAGAUAAAAGGCAUUCAGGCUGUCCAGUUAUCCCAUGUUCAUACUUGGGCAAGAGAGGUUUGGUUUUUGCCUUUUGUUUGCUUUUAACCAUGUAAAUUAGCAAGCCACUGUAUGCCAGUUUUCUGGUCCACACUGAUCCUCUUUGAAAUUUUUAUCCCAAUUGCAGCAAAAAGCGACUGACAGUCUGAUUUGGUCUGCCCCCACAGGGAUCCAGUCAUUAAACCCAGUCAUCUAAGAUAACUGGCUGGGAGCUAGCCAGAAUUGGGGUACAGCCUGGGUUCAGGGAAUAGCUGUCAACAUUCGAGCAUAGUUUUAGUCUGUGCAUGUGUAUGUGCAGGUGUUACGGAUGCCAGCUUGGUUUUAAGGGAGUGUAAGGUAUCUAACUCGAGUAUCUUGCCUGGCCCACUUUGAUCGGUAAAGCAGAGGACUUGCAGUGGUUUGCAGCUGUGUGCUACUACCAGCCAGGGAGCCCCCUGGGGGGAGAACUAGGUGUCCAGAUUUUUUCAUACGUUAUUUUUUAAGUGGGAGGGAUGGGAGUAGGUAGAGCUGAGAAAAUCACCUCUUAGCAGUCACCCUUAGCCACAUGGGCAAACUGGCAAAGGCCAUAUCUGUUGUCCCAGGCCAAAGACUGACAACUGUCUUCCCCCCUUAGGAGCCCUUUCCUUGUGCCCUUACCAAAAGACAGCUUGUAAAACUGUGAGAAGGUAAACAGCUCACUUUAAAAGGGGUCCCCAAAAGUCUUCAGACACAAUGAAAAUUCUGCAAGUCUCGUCCUGCUCUAAACAGCAAUUAAGAACCCAACAGAUUCUACAGAACCUAAAACCCACAGAGAGGUUGUUUGUGUUUUUGUUCAAUCUUCAGUUGUAAGAGUAAGUCUCUAUUUUUAUAUUGAAACAUAAGUACUUGAUAGCUCAGGGUCUACAUUUCAUUCAACUUUUUACACCAAAUUCUGCAGAAUGGUCAAAAUAAAAUAUUGGGGGCUGUUGUAAACAGAGGCUUAAUUUUAUUAGAAGUAGCCAGUUAUUUAUUAAAGCAUGAUGUUAAUAAAAUAGGCAUAUUCUGGCUGGUGUGUAUGAGUGUUUUUUAAAAAUGAAUCACAGAAGACAUAAAAUUGAAAAGACACUCCAUUUAUGUAUGAGGAAAAAUAGGUUGUAAAUAGCUAAGCUGCCUUGUGAGAACUUGGAAAAUGUGCUGAUACUUAGUAACUACCUCAGUUGUGAGGAAUUUCCUUUUUAGCUUAGACUGCUAUUACUUUUACUUGGUAGAAAUGAAUCUGGUCUCCAAAAUAUGGCUCAAAGAGUUAUCCCCAUAGACCUUGUUAGAUUGUUUUUAAUUUAAAACCUUGAAUUCUGCCCAGCUGUUUUCUUUCAGUCAAGUUCUCUAAACCAGUAACAUUUUUUGAAUUAAAUAUUCUUGAAGGUUCUUCUGAAUGCUUACUGAUUUGUUUUCUUUCUUUGCAUUUUUCCUGUUACCCUUUUAUUAUUUAAAUUGUCUCUUGCUUUUGAACAUGAAUUAUGAAAUAAACAAAUGAUAGAUUUUUCCAUUCA